AUGACGUCUGUUCAAAUGGAAAACAAGCCGCUCGACGAGUCGCCGAGCCAAUGCACUCUCAGCAUUGCCUCAGGGGCAGCGGAGAACUUCCAGACGAAACUCGCUGAUCCCGGGCCACUCGGAUUGAUCGCGUUCGGCAUGACCACAAUCCUGUUCAAUCUAACCAAUGCACGGAUAUUCCAGAUGAACACUACCACGGCGGGUAUGGUGGUGUGCUACGGCGGCAGCACACAGAUUCUGGUUGGCAUCAUGGAGUUCAUCCGCGGAAACGCGUUUAACUGCACCAUCACGACAACCUUUGGCGCCUUCUGGCUUGCGACUGCAUGUGUUUGGCUUUUGCCGCGGCGCACGCUUGAAACGCCCACUGAGUAUCUGGAGGAGGCAGAGCGAGGUUUUAUGGGUAUAUUCUUCUUUAUGUGGGCCGUAUUUACAUUCUUCAUGUUUGCCUCGGCCUUCCGCCAGCCGUUGGCGAUUAUGUUUGUCCUCUUCACCGCAGCCACAAACUUCACGAUUCAGGCCAUCUCGUUCUGGUCGGAUAGUGAGACCAUUAUGAAGAUCGCCGGCUACGAGGGUCUCAUAUGUGGUAUGUCAGCGCUGUACUGCGGUCUGGCGCUAACGAUGAAUGGGAGUUACGACAGAACAAUUCUUCCUUUGUCAUUUCCCAAUCGUCAGCACAGCGACUGA